CAGCCUGGGAGCCAGAGACAGCCUGUCUGCUGAGCCAUCGCAUGGAGGAGGAGGCCUGACAGAGAGCGCAGGUGACGGUCACCGACCAUGAGGCCGAGCUCCAGCCCAUAGAGAGACGGGGACGGCGGAGAGAGAGACGGCAGAGACGGCAACUUCCCCCAGGCCGGAGAGAGACGGCAGAGACAGAGCGUCCACACCCAGAGCAGCCACCCUAUCUGACGAUGCCCAUCAUGUGACGCGGACUUCGCGGUGAGCAUGUGAUUGCGGAUACAGCACGUUUCUUACAGAACGAAAAAGACGAAAAUGUCUUGCGGUUUCCUCCUUCUCCUUUCUCUCUGGUUGUCUCCGGUCUAUGGAUCAGUGAAUAACAGCACAACAGGCUGCCGUAUCAUACACCCCCCUCGGGAUGGGGGAAUACGUUACCGUGGCCUGACCCUCUCUCAGGUAAAAGCGGUUGAAUAUCUCCCUGUGGAUUAUGAGAUUGAGUUUGUUUGCCGCGGGGAACGGGAGAUUUCUGGGCCGAAAGUGCGCAAGUGCCAGCGGGACGGGACAUGGACAGAUAUGGACAAACCUAGCCGCUGCCUCAGACGCCCGGACACGUCACGUAAGAAAGCCUUGCACGUGGGCGCUCUCUUCCCCAUGAGUGGGGGAUGGCCUGGGGGACAGGCCUGUCACCCUGCCGCACAGAUGGCCCUGGAAGACGUCAACAACAGAAGAGACAUCCUGCCGGAAUAUGAACUUAGACUCAUUCACCAUGACAGCCAGUGUGACCCCGGCCAGGCGACGCGCCACCUGUACGAGUUGCUGUACAAUGACCCAAUAAAGAUAAUGCUGAUGCCCGGGUGCAGCAGUGUCUCCACUCUGGUGGCGGAGGCGGCCCGCAUGUGGCAUCUCAUUGUGCUUUCUUAUGGCUCCAGUUCACCGGCGCUCUCAAACCGUCAGAGAUUCCCGACCUUCUUCCGCACACAUCCAUCGGCAACCCUGCACAAUCCCACCAGGGUCCAACUUUUCAAAAAGUGGGGAUGGACUAAGAUCGCGACCAUUCAGCAGACCACCGAAGUCUUUACUUCUACUCUGGAUGACCUGGAGGAACGAGUGAAGGAAGCCGGAAUUGAAAUCACGUUCCGCCAGAGCUUCUUCUCUGACCCCACUGUUCCGGUAAAAAAUCUCAAGAGACAAGAUGCUAGAAUAAUUGUCGGAUUAUUCUAUGAAACCGAGGCACGGAAAGUCUUUUGUGAGGUCUACAAAGAGCGUCUCUUUGGUAAGAAGUAUGUCUGGUUUCUGAUUGGUUGGUAUGCCGAUAACUGGUUCAAGACCCCGGAUCCGGCCAUAAACUGCACGGUGGAGGAGAUGACUCGGGCCGUUGAGGGCCAUGUAACCACAGAAAUAGUCAUGUUGAACCCAGAAAACACACGUGGCAUCUCCAAUAUGACCUCUCAGGAGUUCAUGGAAAAGCUUCAAAAACGUCUUGGCAAGGACCCUGAGGGAGUAGGAGGACUACAGGAGGCUCCUCUUGCCUAUGAUGCUAUCUGGGCGCUGGCACUUGCCCUUAACAAGACGUCGUAUGAGUUAUCUAAGAGAGGACUCCGUCUGGAAGACUUCAACUAUAACAAUGAUAACAUCAGUCGUGAGAUCUACAAGGCCAUGAAUUCCUCCUCCUUUGACGGUGUCUCGGGUCACGUGGUCUUUGAUGCCAGUGGGUCCCGUAUGGCCUGGACGCUCAUAGAACAGCUACAAGCUGGGGUCUACAAGAAGAUCGGUUACUAUGACAGCACCAAGGAUAACCUCUCCUGGUAUAACAAUGACAAGUGGAUCGGUGGCUCUCCUCCCGCCGAUCACACCAAGGUGAUCAUCACUUUCCGAUAUGUCUCUCAGAAACUCUUCAUUUCUGUCUCCGUCCUUGCUGGGCUUGGGAUCCUCUUGGGAUUUGUCUGUCUGUCCUUCAACAUCUACAAUAGUCACGUGAGGUACAUCCAGAACUCUCAGCCGCAUCUGAAUGACGUGACGGCCGCGGGGUGCAUCCUGGCUCUCGCCGCUGUCUUCCCUCUUGGUCUCGAUGGACUUCACAUUGAGACGUGGCAUUUCCCUCUGGUGUGCCAGGCCCGGUUAUGGCUCCUGGGUCUCGGGUUCAGCCUGGCUUAUGGCAGCAUGUUCACCAAGAUCUGGUGGAUCCAUACGGCGUUCACUAAAAAAGAAGACAAAAAGGAGCGGAGGAAGCUAUCACAGACCCUGGAGCCCUGGAAGCUGUACAGUACAGUUGGACUACUCCUGGGCCUGGACGUAAUAACCUUUGGGAUCUGGCAGAUAGUGGAUCCUCUGCAGCGUACGAUUGAGGAGUUCACUAAAGAAGAACCCCGUGGAGACCUUGAUGUCCUCAUCCUGCCUCAGCUGGAGCACUGCAGCUCUGUGAAGAUGAACACAUGGCUCGGUAUUGUGUACGGCUCCAAGGGUCUCCUGCUUUUGCUCGGCAUUUUUCUAGCUUACGAAACAAAGAGCGUCUCCACCGAGAAAAUCAAUGACCAUCGCGCGGUGGGGAUGGCCAUCUACAACGUGGCUGUCUUGUGUCUCAUCACAGCGCCAGUGACCAUGAUCCUCAGUAGUCAACAAGACGCCUCCUUUGCGUUUUCCUCGCUGGCCAUCGUCUUCUCGGCCUAUAUCACUCUGGUCGUGAUGUUUGUUCCUAAGAUGAGGCGUCUCAUCACCAGAGGGGAAUGGCAGUCGGAGCAGCAGGACACCCUGAAGACCGGAUCCUCCACCAAUAACAAUGAGGAGGAGAAGUCCCGACUGCUGGAGAGGGAGAACCAGGAGCUGGGCCGGAUCAUCGCCGAGAAAGAAGAGCGGGUCAUGGAGUUGCGCCAGCAGUUGCGCUCUCGUAGGAAACAGUCUGUGACGGCGCGGGAAAACUGCUCCGACAAUCACUAUCCUAACUCCUCGGGGGCGGUCUCCUCCCUCUACCAGCCCGGACUCCCUCUGGCCAGAUGCCUGGUGGCUGAAGGGGGGGACAAACUGGGCAGGAACAGCUGUGACGGGAGCCGCGUGCACCUGCUAUACAAGUAGGGACGGGGUGUUACAAUAUGGCCGCCCCCAGGGUGUGCGGAGGUCUCAUCUACAUGUCAGUUCACCUCUCCUCCAGACGUCUGUCUCCUUUCUAUCUGUCUCUCAGACUCUCUCAGCACUCGUCUCUGGAUGUCUCAUAUAUCGGCACCUUAUUCUUCAUAUCGGCCACUAGAGCCCCUGUGCUGUACACUGAUCCCUGUCCUGCUGGAAGCCCCCAAAACAAGACCCCCCCCGAAUCCGUCCCCUCAGGGAACAUCCAUCUCUAGCGUCACCUGCACCUGCGGCACCUACAAUGUUUUCUAUACUGUGAUUGGAGAUUGCAAUAAAUAAACGACUGACGAUU